AUGGCAGCACGACUCGAGGGAGUGCCCGUCACAGAGCAGGAGGCCAGCGACAUCGUCACCAUCGACGCAUGCCGAGUAUUUGUAGAGGGGGCUGUCACGGCAGGUGCCUCCAUUGGGGGGUGCCCCUCCCCCCAAACGCAGUCUCAGCCGCCUUAUCCUGUUCUGGAAUGCGCGCUGCUCAAUCCCCCAGUGUAUGCAGCGGCUGCUUCCUUGAAACUUCCCCCCCACCUCCUUGCCCCCGAGGUAGGCCUUGCCUUUUCUUCUGCAGCCGUUCGCAGGCAUUGCGAGGCGCUGCUGCAGCUGCGCUGCUGGCAACAACCGUGCCGAGACAGCUGGCUGUUUUCGUAUGUCUUUGCCGCGGAUCUUACGAAGCAGCAAGAAGAAAUGAAUCUCGCAAUCGCUGCGGCUGCGGAGGCGAAGCGACCACCUGCUGCAGCAGCAGCAGCAGCAGCAGCUGCGCGCGCCGAUGUGGCUGCCUUCGCUACAGUGCAUGCAAUUAGUUGGGCUGCGAAUGCUGCUGUUGCCGAUUUUGCGCCUCGCAGCUAG